AUGGCUCCUCCAAAAAGGAUCCUCUUCCCACCGGAGAAGAUCUGCAUGUGGCAGCAGAGACAGAGUGCUGGAGCAGGGCUCUUCAAUGUGGGCAACACCUGCUUCCUCAACGCUGUCCUGCAGUGCCUGACCUACACCCCCCCACUGGCCAACUACCUGCUGUCCCGAGAGCACAGCCAGGCCUGUCAGCAGGGUUUCUGCAUGAUGUGCACCAUGGAAGCACACGUUAACAAGGUCCUGCGUUCCUCUGUCAGUGCCAUCCUGCCUUUGGCUGUCCUCAAGGUUUUCAGACGCAUAGGAGAACACUUUCGGCUUGGCAGGGAGGAAGAUGCCCACGACUUCUUGUCCUGUACUGUCAAUGCCAUGCAGAGAGCUUGUCUGAGUGCAAGCAGCGACUUGGACCUCUCAUCCCAAUCCACCACCAUUGUCUCUCAAAUAUUUGGAGGCUUUCUGAGAUCCAGAGUCACCUGCUUCAGCUGCAAAGCCAUUUCUGACUCCUACGAGGCCUUCCUGGAUAUCCCUUUGGAUAUCAAAGCAGCCUCGUCCCUCACGGCAGCUCUGGAGGACUUUGUGAGACCCGAGCACCUGGAUGGUGAAAACUGCUAUAAAUGCGACACGUGUAAGAAGAGCACUGCUGCCUCCAAGAGAUUCACAGUCCAUCGUGCACCCAAGGUUCUCACGGUGUGCCUGAAAAGGUUUGACUGUUUCACCGGUGGGAAGAUCCGCAAGGUUGUGCAGUACCCCGAGUACCUGGAUCUUCGCCCGUACAUGUCCCAGGCAGAGGGAGAGCCCCUCCAUUACUCCUUGUAUGCUGUCCUGGUGCACAGUGGGGUCACCUGCCAAGGAGGACACUAUUUCUGCUACACAAAGGCCAGCAACGGGCUGUGGUACAAGAUGGAUGAUGCGUCUGUGGAGCUCUGUUGCCUUGCCACAGCUCUCAAGCAGCAAGCCUACCUGCUGUUCUAUGCCAGGUGCUCUGAUCUGAAGACUGGAGAAAGGGCUUCUUCCUCGCUGGCACCACCAUAUGCCCCUUCCUUCCUUCCUCAGGGGGCAGCCAGCAGCAAGCAGGUGGCUGCUGUUGGCCCACAGGGAGAGAAGGGCAGGAACUCUCCAUCGCUCUCUUUCCAGGACAUGGCGCUGGGCAUGGAAGGCCCUGGCAGGGAGCGGGCCCGGAGCAGAUCCCGGCUGCGGGGCAGGGAAGGCCGCAGGCGCUUUGGGGACACCACGGGCAGUGAGCACUCUGCAGGGAGGAGGAGAAGGAGCCCUCCAAGCUGUGCCCCCGCUGCCAGGGAUGCUGCAGCUCGCAGACCUCGCAAGAGGAGCUUGCAGUGUGCUGCUGGCCCCGGGGCUGCUCAGGAGCAGGCCCUGCUGGGGCAGAGGGACACGAGCGCGUCCCUGCGCAGCCUCCGCAGCCGCUGUGUGCAGCACACUGACUGCGAGCCCUCAGUGAGGAAGAGGAGGAGGCUGGCAAAUUCCCAGAGCUGA